AAAGAGUUAUUAAUGGCAAGUCCUAUUGAAUUUAAUUUAAACCAAAUAUAAGUUGACUUCAUAUUAGACAAAAUGCCUAAAGGAUUCUCUUUAUUAUAAGCUAACUUAUUAAAAACUCGAGAAUAAAGAGUGGUAAGAAAUGGGUCCCUUAUAAGUCUAUAGUCUAAGAAAGUCAAUAAAUAUGAUGCGUCAUUUUAAUCUAAUAAAUAAGAGGUUGUAGAAGACAAAAGUAAAAGAAUACAGAGAGUUUCGUCCAAUCCUCAAAAAGAAUAAAGUAAACCAUUGAUUGAUGAUAAUCUUAAAAAGGGAUUGUAAUUAUUAUAGAAAUUCAAAUCUCAUCCUUCUUUUACUGAAAUAGAUGCUUAAGGUUAAAUUAAUUUAGAUAAAAUUGAAGCUUUCUUUAAGCAAGAAGGUAUUACUUACUAGUAAAUAAAAAGGUAAUUUGAUUAGUUUAAAGAAUUAAAUUAAACUAGCAAUACAAAAAUUAAACCAAAAUGCUUCUGAUCAAAUGUAGGAUUCAUUAAAUAAAUUAGAAACACAUUUUUAUAAUGUUUUUAAAACAUUCUCAAAUUAAUCAAAAUCAACUUCUACUUUAAAUAAGUAUUAAAAUAAUCAUUCUAUUCUAGAAAUAUUUAAAAUAAAGUUAUUACAUCAAAACCUAAAGAAAUUUUAAAAAAAUAAGAUUAGAUAAUUACUUUUGAAGAAAAAAGAUAAUUAGGUUAAAAAAUAAGAGAAUUACCAUCAGAGUUUUUAAAAGGGGUUUGGGAAAUUGUAUAAUAAACUGUACAGAAUAAAGAAGAUGAAGAAUUAGAAUUUGAUAUUGAUCUACUACCACCUAAAAUUAUUCGAAAAUUAUAAGAUUAUGUAAAAAAUACAUUGUAAUUAUUAUUAUUCUUAUUUUACAGGAAAACAAAAAAGGUUAAACUUGACCCUUCAAUUAAUCAAAGCUCAUAAAAAUCCAUAAAUUAAGAUAGUUCUUUUAUUUCAAAAUCCUUUGAAUGA